AUGAUACCAGUAUUUGUUUAUUUUCUUGCUGCAUUGGUUUGUGUAGUAUCGACUAUUGUAUUCUAUGUUUAUUGGCGUAAACGUUCAUCAUUUUCAAAUUUUCAAUUCUCGUCUGAAACACAAAAAUUACAUUAUUCUUUAAAACCGACAAUUGACGUUGUUGCUAAACGUUUGAGUGAUGAUCUUGAUAUUAGUAAUAAUAAAGAAAAUGAAACAACAACAAUAAUAACAACAACAGAAAGAUUAUCAAAUCAUCGUAGAUCAACAAUAAAACCGAUAUUGCCUAAACAAACAGAAAUUCAAUUAGAAUCAACAGUACCAUCAUCAUGUCCACGUAAAUCAUUAUGGCGAACAGCAGUUGGAGGAGGAUUUGAUCCAUCACGUUCUUCAAGUGUACAAGAUAGAUAUCGUAAUAGAACAAUCAAUGGUCCACAUACACCACGAAAUUGGCGACAUGGUUCAAUAUCGAUUAAUGCUGAAUCAUUAGAAUUUUCGGUACCAAAACGUCGUCGAAGUGUUGCCACAGUAGAUAGUGUAUGUAAUCGUUUCUGUAUUGAACCGGAACAAAUUAAAAUUUUACAAGUCAACGAUGCUUAUCAAACAAUGAAUCGUUUAUCAUUAAGAAUUGUUUAUACUAGUCAACAAAAUUUACAAAUUACAUUUGAUAAGUUUAGCGGUUUAAUCAGUGAUGAAGUUAAUGAACAAUUGACAAUAAAAACAAAAUUAUUACCCGAUGGUAAAGAAAAAUAUUGUACUAAAAAGAAUAUAGAUGUUGAAACAAAAUUAAUUGAUGAAUGUAUUAUAUUUUCAAAUGUAUUGAAAGAUAAAUUAGGUGAAAAAUUAUUGUUAAUAACAGUAACCGGUGGAAAACGAAAAAAGAAAAAUUAUGGUCAAAUGGAAGUUAUGUUAAAUGAAUUACAUUUAGUGCAGGAUAAAGACUAUUAUCUUCAACAUGAAAUUGAAAAGAAAAAAAUGUCGUCAACAGAAAUAUUUGUAUCACUUCAAAAGAAAGAUCGUUAUCUUUCCGUUGAAAUUGAACGUGUAAAAGGUAUCAAAGUUGAUCAAAAACAUCCUAAUAAAACACUUUAUGUACAAGUACUUUUACUUGAUCGUUACAAAUUAAUAUCUACUCGUCGCACAAAACCCUAUAAUAUUAAUCAAUCAAUGGUAAAUAUAAAUGAACUGUAUGAUUUUUCCUUGUACGGUUUAAAUAUUGAUCGAUUAAUGCUGGUGAUUAAUCUUUAUCAAAAUGAGCAAAUAUUUUCCCGAAUUAAAUUAGGUUCACCAUUGUAUUGUAGUGGUACAGGCGCUACUCACUGGAAUCAACUAAUAGCAAGACAAUCAUUUUCAAUGUGGCAUGCAAUGUCGAAACAACUUUAA